AUGCCAUUGAGUUCAUGGGAAGAUUUCUUGAUAAGUGAAGAAGAUAUUCCAACAAACACCCACGAGCCAGAAGGAUCUAAAUUUACAGGGGGAGAGGUUUAUUCAGAUGAAGAGGUUAAUUCAGAUAAAGAACUUUCCUGUCAUUCUCAAAAUGAUUUAAACAGUUCUGAUGGUGGGAGUGAUUUCUUGGAUACAGGAUCCAUGUUUGAUGACGACGAAAUUGUAUUUGAUACAAUUGAACUUUUAUCUUCAGAGAGUGAAACAGAAGUUGGUGAGCAUGAAAUAUUACAAGUGAAAAAAAGAAAAGUAAUCACAAAUGAUGAAAGACAAGCCAUUUAUGCAGCUUUGUUAGAGAAAAGUGUGAAUGGAAAACUUAAAAAGAAAUCUACAAGAAUUGUUGCAGAAAAGUUCUCUGUGCCAUUACGUACCGUUCAAAGAAUUUGGAAGAGGACAAAAGAGAAUGUAGGUGAUGGGAUGACCAGUGUGUUACACAGGAAGACAAAAAAUUGUGGUCGCAAAAGAAUACAGAUUGAUAUGGAGCGAUUUAGAAACUUACCACUCCAACAAAGAACAACAGUACGUGCUUCAGCAAGUGGUAUGAACAUUAGUCCAUCUCUCUUUUAUAACAAUUAUAAAAAGUAUGGUAAAAUUAGAAGACAUACUAAUGCAAUCAAACCUCAGUUAACUGAUGAGAACAAAAAGGCUAGAUUACAGUUUUGUUUAUCGAUGCUCAAAGAAGACAGUUUGCCACAUGAUCCUACAUUUAACGACAUGUUUAAUCUUAUUCACAUCGAUGAAAAAUGGUUCAACAUGUCCAGAAAAAAUGAGACAUAUUAUCUUUUACCCGAUGAGGAGGAUCCCUACCGGACAUGCAAGAGCAAAAACUUUGUGGGAAAAGUGAUGUUUUUAGCCGCUAUAGCUAGGCCGCGAUUUGAUGCAGAAGGUAAAGUUACAUUUUCUGGAAAAAUUGGCAUAUUCCCAUUUGUUACUAAAGAGCCGGCAAAAAGAAGUAGCGUCAACCGAGCUGCAGGGACACUUGAGACAAAAGCUAUGACUUCUGUAACAAGAGAUAAAGUACGAUCUAUUCUUAUUAAUGAUGUGAUGCCGGCUAUAAUAAAGAAGUGGCCAAGAGAAGAUGCAAAUCUUCCCAUCAUUAUUCAACAAGACAACGCAAGAACACAUAUCGAUCCAAAUGACAGAGAGUUUUGUGAAGCAGUAAGGAAAACUGGUUUUGACAUAAGAAUAAAUUGUCAACCACCAAAUUCUCCUGACCUAAAUGUGCUAGAUCUUGGUUUUUUUAGAGCGAUUCAAUCUUUGAAGUACAAGGAUGCCAGUAAAAAUAUUGAAGAGUUAACAGCGGGAGUAGAAAGAGCUUUUGAAUCAUUUUCAAGUAAAAUGUUCAAUAGAAUUUUUUUAACUCUGCAGUCAUGUAUGGAGUGUAUAAUGAAGGUGAGAGGGAGCAAUAAUUAUAAAAUUCCCCACAUGAGAAAAGGUGCUUUGGAGAGAAGAGGAGAGCUGUCAUGUCAACUAAAAUGUGAUGCAUAG